AAUUUUUUUAUUUUGAAAUUACAUAAACAAUGGUUUUGACAGUUCGACCGAACGAUGUUGUAUUAUGGCAACAUUAUUAUUUAUGUCAAUCUUUAAAAAAAAGUUUUCUACCAAAAUGGUAUUAUAUGAGAUUUUUAAUAAAUAACUUGAUGGAAAGAAAUACAAUUAAGAAUAUACAAAACUAGCUUUCACAGCGUAUUUUACUCGCUUCCUGAAGGCCUGCUGGCUGAUACUUUCCACCUAUAUGCAAACUACCGCAUACUACCGCGACUGCUGUGCACGGGCUCUCGGGUUCAUCAUCAUCAUUAUCAUCAUCAUCAGCCCAUCGCAGUCCACUGCUGGACAUAGGCCUCUCCAAGUGCACGCCACUGAGAUCGAUUUUCGGCUCGGGGUUCGGACUUUUACAAAACAGCUCGGCGAAUCAGGCGAAUAUAUGAAUUUCGGGUCUGCGCUUGAUCUCUCUCCAAUCGUUUCGGAUUGUGGUCUCGUCGGGUGAUCGGACUAUUAAAGGAAAGGAAUAAAUAAGUAGUGCACCUCUGUCUCCGCGAAUACGCACUUAUUGAAGUUCAAUUUCGUAAAAUAGAGUCCCCAAAUCACCCGUCCUUCAUUACUGCACUUCCUGUGUUUUCGCUGGUAAGAAGAAAUAGUGGAACAAAUCAACAAACUGCCCAUGCAUGGUUCCAACAACCAGUUCUAUUAGAAAAUAAAACAUCAAGUACAAAAUGAAAAAAAAUAUAUAAACCAUAUUAGCUAGCGCACUUCACGAUGAUGUGGUCAUCAUGCAGUUGGACUACCGGCUGGGCGCCUCGCACAAGGUGAACGCCGUCAUCAUGACGGAGCUGGGCGCGGCGCAGGGGGGAGCGCCGGCCUUCGUGGACGGGCUGGGCAGCAACGAGAUCACCGUGGUGCUGGUGUCGGCGCGCGGCCGCGGCCUGUACUACCGCGUCGAGCUGUGGGGGGACGACGCCAGCGGCGCCGGACCCAACCCGCCGGCAGUCACUAUUGUCGAAUUGUAAAUACUCAUCAUCCCCCGAGCAUUUUCCCAACCAUGUUGGGGUCGGCUUUCAGUCUAACCGGAUGCGGCUGAGUACCAGUGUGCCACAAGGAGCGACUGCAUAUCUAACCUCCUCAAUGUAUCCUCCUGUACCUAAUGUUCUAAUGUAUGUAUGUUUACACAUGUUUAUGGCAAAUAAAUGAUUCUAUUCUA